CCUGCCCUCCGAGCGCUUGUUUUGCAGGUCCCCUCUUGAUCGUGCAGCCUAUUCUAAAAGGGCAGGAGAAGUCUGCUUCCUCUUUUGCACCAGACCUGAGUUGGGUCACUGUGGUAGGGAGUCGCGUCUCUGGUCUCUUAGUCGGUGGUACCUCAAUGGUCUUGGAGCUAUCCCAAUAAACCCAAGUCUAACCAGAUAUCCUCAAGAUCUCUGCACUCGCAUCAAAGUUCCAGCACUUCAGCGCUGUUCACUCGGCUUCUUCCCCCAACAUCCAAGUUUCCCUUUCGCCUUUCGAGGAGCGCUUCCAUGGAUCAGCCAAAGUACCGCAUGGCGGGCGUACAGAACAAGCUGGAGGUGCUGGGGGUGGAGGACGAUGCGGGCAAUCCCAUCAGCGCCCUGACCAUCCUGUCGCUGCUGGAGCGUGUGGCAGGCAUCAUCGACAACGUCCAGGCUGGCCAGCAGCGCAUGGAGGAGCAGCAGCUGGACCUGGAGACCAACAUCAAGACCAUCCAGGGUGACGUCCUGAAGCUAGCCAAAGACCACACCACCACCAGUGGCACCGUGGAGAAGCUGCUCCAGAAGACGCGCAAGGUCAGCUCCAAUGUCAAGGAGGUGCGCGCGCGCGUGGAGAAGCAGAACGUGCGCGUCAAGAAGGUGGAGACCACACAGGAGGAGCUGCUGACCCGAAACAAGUUCCGUGUCAUCAUUUAUCAGGGGGAACAUGAGAUCCCUUCGGUGGCCGUGACAAAGACCCCAAAAGGAGCUGUUGGUAUGGAGGGGUUGGUGAUCGAGCCAGACACCUACGAUGUCCCCGAGGACAUCUCCUCAGACGAGGAAUACAUGACAGUGGACGAGACUGAAGGAGGCUCCAGAACCGCCCGCUUGAAGGCGUCAGGCAUGAAGGGCAUUGAAAGCAUCAAGCAGGCCUUCUCCAAGGAGACCAUGACCAAGACCAAGGACAACUUGGGCACCAAGUUCCACAACAUGGGCGAGAAAAUGGUGCCCCCAGAAAGACGGGAGAAGAUGCACCAGGCCAGCGAGCGCAUCAAGCACUCUGGCGAGAGGCUGAAGGAGAACAUCGCCAAGAAGGCCCCUACCAAGGAGUCCUUCCGCAUCAAGCUGAAGAAGGAGAGGACCGUGGCCGAGGGCCAGGAGGGAGCUGAGGCUGAUGGGGAGGUCGAUGAGGCGGUGACCCCAGUCAAGGGAAGAAAAAGCCCGGAAGUCAGUAAAACCCCGGUAGUAACCUACACGGAGGUUGUAACGGAAAGGGAAACCAAGAGGGAGGGUCCCGUGGAGGAGCCGGCCGCCAUCCGGAUAGGGGAGGUAGGGAAAUUCACUGUGGAGGCAGUGGAAGAGGGCAAGGAGGACGAAUACGACAGGAAGUAGAUCUCCAGCAUGUUGCCGCAACACAACGAGAAGUCACCAAAAUAGGAAGUGAAGCCGGGUAGGAAGAGAGCUUGCGAUGUCUUGCAAGAGAGAUGGUCUGUGACGAAUCAACAUCGACGACAGACAAUUUACAUUAUCAAUCCGUUUAAAAAUCAAAGAGAUACUUCUGUUGGAUAUACAGUUCCAGCCAAAGGUUUGGACACACCUAUUCAUUCAAGGGUUUUUCUUUAUUUUGACAAUUUUCUACAUUGUAGAAUAAUAGUGAAGACAUCAAAACGAUGAAAUAACACAUAUGAAUCAUGUGAAAGUGGUUGAUAGAAUGCCCGGAGUGUGCAAAGCUGUCAUCAAGGAAAAGGGUGGCUACUUUGAAGAAUCUCAAAUAUAAAAUAUAUUUUGAUUUGUUUAACACUUUUUUGGUUACUACAUGAUUCCAUAUGUGUUAUUCCAUAGUUUUGAUGUCUUCACUAUUAUUCUACAAUGUAGAAAAUAGUAAAGAUAAAGAUAAACCCUUGAAUGAGUAGGUGUGUCCACACUUUUGACUGGUACUGUGUAUACUGACCAGUCUACAGAGGAGUGGAAAGAGUUCUGUGACUGACCUGAUAAUCUACAAAGAUUGUGUUUCUGGGGUGUCAGAUGUUGGUAGGUUAGUGACCCACUGUCACGUGUCAUUGAAAUUGGCUGUUAUUAUUUUCAACUUUGGAAUGAUUUUUAACGAUAUGGGUUGUAAUGUACGUGGACACAUUCACACACGAACACAGAGAAAUGUGUAAAAUGUAACAUUUUCAUGGAAAGAUAUAUUGUGAUGAAUUCAGGUCAGGGUUGUUUGUGGGGCAUCAGUACAUAAAUAUUGGGCACAUUGGUAACUAAUGUACAUGAACUGCUAUGUUGAGUUUGCAGUUGGUUAAGGCGUAAAAGUUAAGUACACACAAACACAAAUUGUUCCCAGAUGUUUGGUUGCUAAUCGAUUUCUUCGACUAGUCAAGAAAAGACGCUCGCAAGUUAGAAAGGAAUUUCCACAAAGUGUUUGGAAGGGAAAAAGAGUUGAACUGAAAGGAGGAAAGAGAGAUUGCAAAGUACCUUUGAGAUGAUUCUGAAUGUUGAGGAAGUUUGUGUAUGAUAUUGAUCUUAAAUCGGAAUGUAAAAUGUUGUACAUAUCAUAACCAAAAUCAUGAUAUUGGUCAACACAGAUCUCAGCUGGUCUCUGAAGGGUUUGAAGAAGUAAAGCUAUACAGAUAUAAAACUGAAUGUCAGACUGGGUUCUGUGUGUUUCAAAAUCCAACAAGGAUUGACCAUUUGGUUGCAAUGGGUUCUAUGGCAAGGUCACAGACAAGAUACAGUAGGUUACUUUUCUUUUUUUUUCCGUUAACAAGCAGACGCAUCGUAAUAACAGUUGAAGAUUGUGUUGAAUCAAAAUGUAUCCAUAUGGUGAAAAGCAGACUAACUAUUUAGCCGAGAAUAAAAUGCUUUUUUAUUACAAGAGGUUAUGAAAAGCUUGAGAGUUAAAUGUCAUUUUUCAAAUGAACUAUGUGCUGUGAAUUUCAUUUCAGUGGUCUGAAGAUAACGAGAUCGUAGUGUGUAUGAUUGUGUAGUGUACUAGUGUUAAGAAAAGAAAAAAUAUAUAUAUGAGGAAAACAUUAGGCCAUGUCAACGGCUUUAGGCGUACCUGUAACGUUUAUGGCACUAGAAGGUUUUGAGCACUGAUGUAAUUCUGUGCAAUAAUAUGAGAAUUUCGACAGAAAAUGUAACACGUGUAGAAAGAUUACAAAGCAACCUAAUAUUUCAAAGUCUUUUUCAAAGUCAUUUCUUUCUGAAUACGGUUUACAGCAUGUUUAUGCCCUUCUUUUGAUAACCUAGAGAUGCAUUGCUUUCAUUUGUUAUGUUAAUAAUGGCAUCAACUAUCCAAAGGGCAAUGUACAUUCUGCUGUGCUCACAUAUCUGUGGGCUGAGUCUAACUUGUAGACCUACAGUAAUUCAUGUUCAACCGCAAAGAAACGUGUAUGUUAAUAUACUACUGCAUGAGGCCUAAGUAAUGUGGAUUCGACUGAUUUGAGCCCAAAGUAUUGAUGUCAAUGAGUAAUGAGAAGUACAAUAGGUAGUGGUGGGUAGUUGAAUUAUUUCUUACUAGUUCACAGGAAAUGAAGUAUGUGUGCCACAUAAUUGACAAAAAUGUGUAGUCACUUUUUUAUUAUCUUUUGACAAACCCCCUGCCAAAUUUUUCCUAAAAGUGCCAAUGUUUUCUUGAGAUCACCAUCCAGGCAUUGUCGCUGUUCUUAGUAAAUUACCAGCUACAUUGAUUCUGGGAUUGUAGCCUGCAAUAAGGCACAUCCUUUUAUUCGUUGGCACUAUAAUUUGAUUUAUUUGUUUGUUUUCUGUGUAGUGAUACAUAUACUUUAGAUAAAAGGACAUUAGCCUAUUUUGUAUUGAAAUUCUCAUUAAUAUGUGUAACUAUGCAAAUGAAGAACCAGAAGUAAGUUUGUGUUCUAAAUCAACCUCUUAUUUAAAUAAUGUAGCCCAUUGCUAGACCGAUUGAAUCAAAACUGGCAACUGGAUCUCCAAAAACCUCUCCUGCGUGGCCUGCUAUUGUUAGAUAAAAAUAGGGUUGAUGAAAGUCGAAUGGGUUUGCUACAUUGGUGGAAAACAAUAAUUGUCAUUGAUAUGCAUUGUGGUAUGUGACACGUGCAAGCAGCAUCACAUAUAUUCAUGAUUGCUUUCUUUUUGUAUUAAUAAAGGCCUAAUGCCACCUGUAUUAAUCAAAACAAUAUCCCUUCACUGUCUUCGUGACAGGACAGUAGGCUGUUGUCCAUAAUGUUCAAUCUUUACAAACGUCUAGACAGAGUGAACUUCAGUACCUCCGUGACUUUGGCCCUUGCUAGAACAUACUAGAACCCAUAACAGCAUGCCGAUCUCAUCUACAGUUCAAAUGAAAUCCCUAACUUGAUGUAGACUCGCAGCAAAGUUCAAUCAGUCAAGUCAGUCAGCAAUGUCCUGAAGAUUCACGUCUGCCCUUUGCAUUGAGCUAUAAAUGAAAUACCACUCAAACCAGGCAAGUCCUCUGUGUGGUGAGAGGUCAAAGUUGCAGUUUGUCAAUGUAAAUAUAUUGCCCUAAACAAAAGCUCCUGGCUACCGUGUGCAUGUGGUACAGGAAUGGCACAGUACUCAAUGCAAUCCUUGCUGAUCCUACCUAGAUGGACAGCCUAUAUCCUGGGGAAACUCUUGAGUGAAUGUGGAUUAAUGAUCCAUGACUAUCGACAAUACAACUAAAAUCUGCAUUAUCCAAUAUAUACUGUCACCAAAGGUAUCUUAUACAGACUGCGCAGGCUUCCCGUUAUUGUUCGCGCAAUGCUUUCAAACCGUUCGAAGAGUGUUCCUUACACAUAUGACCCGUGGUGGGCUAUAUCUUCCCUCCGUGUCUGCUUUGCUGAGGUUACACACAGUAAAGAGGGUUGAGAGAUUUGAAUUCAUCACCAGUGUGCUGCGCUCUCAGUCAGCUGCUCGGUCUUAUUUCAGUCAGCUCUUUUUAUAGCUCCUGCAAACUCUGAAAGGUGACACCGCUGGCACUUUCAUGACUGAUUACAGAAGCCUUUGCUCACCUGUGCUGCACAGCUCCACGGUUGUCAAAGCAACUGAGAACAUCAGCUUGAUGAUAAAGGUCAGAGCUGUGAAAUGAAGCGGUGUCAAUUUGAAUUUAUUGAAGCACGUGUUGUUUUGAGUCGGUCCUAAUCCGGUGGCCUGCCAGACAGAUAUUGUUCUAUUUCGGUAAGGCACUGUGAAAAAGCUACCAUUUGAUUCACGAGAGAGAGGAGAGAGCGUUGACUCUUAGAGUGAUCGCAGUCAGUUCCAAUUGUUUAUCAUGCAUUAACCUACCGCAUUUAGAGUCCUCAAACAAUCUGCAGAAAAUAAAUGCUCUUGGAUGAUUCAAGUAUUGAGAAGGAAAAACAAUCUCUAGCGAUGUGGCAUUUAUGCUUAAAUUAGGUCUUUCCAAUUGCGAAAAAAAGAUUGCAGUAAUUUUGUAGUGUAACUGCAGUUAUUCUGUCCAAAGUACCACAAUAGACUGCAGUUGCAACACAGCAUGCAUUUUACUUUUGUGUGCCAAAUAAUACAAUAAAUUGCUGAUGAAGGAUA